UAAAAAGAGUGUAAUAAGGAGGAAAAGAGCGAGAGAGACUUGGGCAAAUAAAAAUGUGGUGGCAACAAAGAACAAACUGUCUCGUAUCUAUCCUAAGCCUCUGAACUCGACGAACGAUCAAUCGAUCACAUCUUUUGGAAAAAUAAAAGAGGAGAGAUAAAAAGUAGUUUUAGUUUCAGCUGAAUUCAAUUGCACUCAGAAAACCCCAAAAUUAGUUGUUGUUCCUGAUAAAUCUGAUUGAAAUUAGUGAGAUUAUUGAUCAAAUUGUCUUAGAAUUGAAAAAGCAUGGUGAAGGAGACCGAAUUUUAUGAUGUUCUUGAGGUUAGCCCUACUGCUACUGAAGCCCAGAUUAAGAAAGCCUAUUACAAUAAGGCGCGACAAGUUCAUCCAGAUAGAAAUCCAAACGACCCCCUUGCAGCUCAGAAGUUUCAGGUUUUGGGAGAGGCUUACCAGGUAUUGAGUGACCCAACACAACGCCAAGCUUAUGAUGCAUACGGAAAGUCUGGAAUUUCUGCUGAAGGAAUUAUAGAUCCCGCAGCAAUCUUUGCUAUGCUUUUUGGAAGUGAGCUUUUUGAAGAAUACAUAGGCCAGCCUGCCAUGGCAUCGAUGGCUUCAAUGGACUUCUUCACCGAUGGAGAAGAGUUGGAUACUAGAAAGCUCCAAGAAAGGAUGAAGGUAAUUCAAAAGGAAAGGGAAGAGAAACUUGCAGAAAAAUUAAAAGAUCGACUCAACCAAUAUGUGAAUGGAAGUAAAGAGAAUUUUAAGAGUAAUGCUGAAGCUGAAGUCUCUAGACUUUCUAGUGCAGCAUAUGGUGUUGAUAUGUUAAACACAAUUGGUUAUAUAUACUCAAGACAGGCAGCUAAAGAGCUUGGAAAAAAGGCAAUAUACCUUGGUGUACCUUUUGUUGCUGAAUGGUUCAGGAACAAAGGUCAUGUUAUAAAAUCUCAAGUAACAGCGGCAACAGGUGCUGUCGCUUUAUUUCAGCUACAAGAAGACAUGAAACGACAUCUCAAUGCAGAUGGUAACUACACUGAGGAAGAGCUUGAAAGCUAUAUGGAAUCUCACAAGAAAGUGAUGAUAGAUUCUUUGUGGAAGCUCAAUGUUGUUGACAUCGAAGGGACUCUUUCUCGUGUUUGUCAGAUGGUACUUCAAGACAACAAUGCCAAAAAAGAGGAGCUUCGUGCACGAGCAAAAGGGCUAAAAACACUAGGAAAAAUAUUUCAGCAGGUGAAAUCUGAAACCAAUGAGGCUGAUACUGCAAUUGGGGCUGAACUUUAUAAAUUAAAUGGAAGUGAGUCAAGCUAUGAUCCAUUAGCUUCAAAGACAUCCCCAAGAGCCGGGGAAUGGAAGACCAAUCUUAUAAUGGAAUUGCAACACAGAUUCCAUAUGUGGUUGCCCCCCAGUUUGCUGAUGCUUCACAAUGCCAUAUUAGCUACCCAAUGCCAACAGCCCCUCCUGGUGUUCAAAGAAGUCAUUCAACGGGCAAAGAGUAGUAAUGGUAGUUUGGUAUCUCCCCCGUGUUUGGCUUUCGGUUUCCAUGUUGAAUACAUGUUUGAUUAUACUUACUGUAUCAUUAUUAGGUCAUCUAAGAGAUGGGUUUUUGUUUUCAUUUAUCUUAUUUCUUAUGGGUCCUUUUGAGAAGCAAUGUGAAAAUGAGCUAGUAACUUUGUUGUCAUUGGUUGCUGAAUGUGAAAAUGUCUAUACAACUCUUGCUGUAUAGGCAUUUUCUUGGAGCCAUACUAAAUCUUUCCGUUCCAGUCUUAUAUCGAUGCCUGCUUUUGUUGAAAUAGUCUUAGUAUGGCUUCAGAGAAAUGUCUCUACAGCAUGAGUAAUAAUGGGUUCUUGUUUUCAUUGGUUUUUGUAUGGGUGUAAAUACUGUGUUGAUUUGUCAGAUUAUACUUUGAAUUUUUAUUUUUAUUAUUAUUUUAUUUUUUUAUGGUAUGUAUUAUGCUUUCAAUAUUUAA